CGCCGGUGUCAUCGUCGAUCUCGCCCUCCGCGGCUGGCGGCCUCCAGUUCCCCUGACUGCAGAGCUCUUCUCUCAGAAAACAAGCCGAGUGUCGUCUCGGGUGCUGUGACACCACGUCUUCUUCGCGCUCCAAAGUUUGCAUCGUUUUCUCGCAUCUCACAGCUCGCCAACGCAAGGGAGUGCCGCCCUUCGAGCUCAAGCAGUGACGGCUUUCCUACCGCUUUCUCUUCGUCUCCUUUCUCGGCCAAACCGUGUGCGCCCUCGCACUUCCGGCUCCUCGCUGCUUCCAGUUCUGCCAGGGGGUUCUUCACACUGCCUGCCCUGGUCCAGCCUCCUGCGUCGUGGAGGCAAAGGCGGCGAUCAGCUUUUCUUGCGUUCCUCGUCUUUUUCUUCUGCCUGUUUCUCUUUUUCGGAGUUCUUCUGCCGCACACUCGAGUUGAACAACUGAGGCAAGUCAUGCACAUGAGUCGGAAGGGAACUGGCGCUCUGAGCAGAAAUGUCGACAUCGACAAAAUCUCACUACCUGGGGAAACGCGCAGCAGCCACGUUGUGGCUGUCGGGGGCAUCAAGCUAGACGGCAGCUACACAAAAAAGGCGCAGCGAGACUCACCCGUCAGGGGCGAAGUCGACGGGCGCCGAGAAGCCUCGGAGGAUCCUUCCGUUUCUGCAAAUCCACAUCCGACGGACUCUGCGCGGACAACGUCGCCUUCUGCUGAUGACCAAGGCAACAUGGCACACGGCGUUUCUUCGCCAGUUCUGGCGACUUCUCUGCAGUCCAGGGAUUCCACCGAGUCAUCAAGCCCUUUAGGUCCGCCGCGGUCGGACGGUCGUGUCCUGGCCGAUUCGCUGUCUGUCUCGCGCCUCCCUCUCGCGCUGUCUUCGCUGUUCUCGCUUCCCCCGAUCUUCCUCUUUCUCCUCUUCGUUUCGAUAGGCUGUUGUCUUGCGUGUAUCACCAUUUCUUCCACUCUCGUGUACAAGCACCUGACAAACUACUACGAGCCGCACCUCCAGCGCUACGUCUGCCGCAUCUGCUUGGUCGGUCCUGCAUUUGCCCUCGCCUCUCUCAUUUACUUUGCUCACACCCUCCUGAGCAUUUCACCCGAGUCUGAUCCCACCUUGUCGGCCGCCUCUCUCGCCUCGAACUUCGCGUUUUGGUCAGCAGCGCCGCCGGCUGCUGCUUCAAGUCUGGCCGCGGUAGGUGGGGAAGCCGGAGAAGCCUUUGCGCGCUCGAGACGCCUCCCCCUGAAUGCUGCGGUGCCCUUCAAGGACUCGCUUUCGACCCUGAUCGCCGGAACUGAUGAACCAGUUUCCUCUGGAGCUCGACUGGAGGAGGUUUUUAUCGACUUUCUCCGAGACCUCGCGCAAGCAGUCGCCCUCUACAGCUUUCUUGUUCUCAUGAUCAACUGCUGUGGAAACGAUCGCUGCAUCUCCAUGGCCCUCGCCUGCGACCCGAAGCUGGUGAAGCCGGUGCCGCCAUUCAAUCUGUUCUUUCCUUCUUUUCAUCCUGGGCCGCACAUUCUCCGUUACCUCAAAGUGGGGGUCAUGCAAUUUGUCCUCGUCGUCCCUCUUGUCGGCAUCGUCUCUCUUCUCCAGGCUCUCGCGAUGAAACCUGGUGCAGCGCUCUUCGUUGCCUCGGCGGUUUCUCCUCCACCUGUUUUCCCACCGGUCUCAAACGCGACGCCGGCGGCACCUCGGUUACGACCGGAAGAAAGCCUCCCGGCGACGAGGCCGCCUUCCUUUUUCUCCCUUGUGUCUUCAGGGCCUUCUCCCGCACUGGACUCUUCCCUCGACCAGGCGUCAGGUUCCUUUCCUUCCUCUGUGGCGGGAGUCUCUUCCGUGUGGACCGUUCUGUCUUCAGCUCCCGCCUUCCUGUCCCUGCCCGUUUCUCUCCCCCUUUUAACAGAAAGCGAUGUCCUCCGCUCGCCCUCUCCCAGCCCAGCGGUGUCCCCUUCAGAGCCGAGAGAGACGAGUCUCCAGUGGUCGCACUUUCUCGGCAUGCCUGGGCUGACCUCUGUCGCGCUUCUCGCCUCCGUCUUCACUUGCAUGCUUUCACUCCUCCAGUUCUACCUCUGCACGGAACCUCUUCUUCGGCCCUACAAACCCCUGCAGAAGUUCCUGUCCAUCAAAGUCCUCGUCUUCUUCCAAGUCUGGCAACGCCUCGCCAUCCGGACGCUCCUCAGCGUCGGCCUCAUCGAAGGAAACACGAUUUUCGCGGCCGAACAAAUGGCGGACUUGUACCACAACAUCCUCAUGAGUGUUUGGAUGGUCUUCAUCUCCAUCAGCCACGUUCUGUGCUUCCCCGUCAGUGACCAUCUCCCAGAAAUUGUCGGCGGCACUGGGGCUUUGUGCGAAGUGGACCCCCCCAGCGCAUCCUUUUUCCAAGGGUUACUCGAAGUUCUUCUCGCCGUCGAUGUGCUUCAGGACGCUCGCGAAAUUGCUCUGCUGCCUCACCGGUCCCUCGAUCGCGCCUGCUCGAUUCUCCGCGAACAGUGCAUGCAGGCGGACAGCGAGUUCCAGCAUCUGCUAUCCCUGGAUGCGAAGACUGACCCCGACCAACUGUUUUCUUCGCCGUAUGUGCGCCACGACACAGGAGAGGCCCGGACGCCAGCUUUUGCCCUCGUGGGGACUCCCGCGGGCGGCGGCCCCGCGACCGCCGCUGGGGUCCGAAGGGCGACGCCGCUUUCUCGAUCUCCUGCGGGUGACGCGUUUCGCUUCCUGGAGAGUUCGGAACAUGACGCCGGAGAAGGCGCCUGCAGUGACCAAGACAACGCAGAAGUGAGGCAAAGCGUUUCUGGGACUCGCAAGCACCUCGACAGGAUCCACCAGCUUCGGAAAAGGUCUCGUAGUGAAGGUCGCCUGCAAACAGCCCUGCUGCUGGGGUCGGAGAACCUAGGAGUUCACCGUUCUUUCUCGUCAAAUUCCUGGAAAGCGAACCCCGCUGUGCUGGCCCUUGGAUUCGAGCGCCUCCCGCCUGAGACGCGCCAUCAUGUCUGUCUCGGCACUCAGUCUUCUGAGGACGCUGCGACAGCUUAUCGACUGAUGCCAACCUCGGAAGAGCCAGCGCUGGCGUCCAGAACGACAGUGCGAGACCGAGGAGACGAAGAGAAUGGAGGAAAAGAGACAGGCGAGACGAACAUGGGGGGCCUUCUCAGUGGGCGUAGCUUGCAUGCCAGCGAGCCUGGGAUGGGCGCCGCUCCCGACACUGCAGUUCACCGAGGGGUCCACUUUGUUUCGGAUUCGCCCCGACCUCAACUUCGGUCUGUCGCAGCCUCUCGGUCUUCUCCUUCCUGUCACUUGCUCCCUUGUUCACCCUCUGGGCUCGACCGUCUAUUGCCGCAUCUCCAACAGCACCGAGAGGUUUUCGCAGACAACGAUUCGGACGAGGGCGCUUGCCCACCGCCGCCUCCGAGUUCGCCUGUGUCCGGUUUGCCGUCUCCGCGUCUGUCUCCCUAUUUGUCUCUGCCCCGUUUGAGCAGCUCCUUACUUUCUGUGGAAGCAAGUGCGCCCGGCCAAGAACCUCAAAGCCCCAGGGGAAACGCCGACCCGAGGCCCUCUGGAGUCCCGGCGUGUGUUGAGUUUUCGCUUUCCCCGAGAGGUGCCUCCCUUUCAUGCGUGGAGGCAGGUGCUUCUCCGCAGAGCCAGGCGAGUCUCCAGGGGCAGCGUCAACCUUCAGAAGCAGUCCAGACGCCAUUUUUCUCGCCCGCGUCGCGCUACGCGUCUCUGCUCCUUGCCUCCGCAGGGCGGAUGAACCUUUUCGGAGCCAUGUCGCGCGUAGAAACGUCCGUCUCCCCUUACUCUCCCCUCGCUGCCUCUGUCGCCGCCACGGUUCCAGGCGCCGUUCCAUAUCCUCGGAGCGCGACAGGAAGAGCCGCCGUCGCAGCUCGCUUCCGCGUAGCCUCCAGUCCGACGUCGCCGUUCCACCGGUGCCCAGCGGCGGCGCUGGCCGUCGCUCUCGGCACAGAAAUCUCCACUUCUUCCUGCUUUCUGGAGGAGAUUCCCGAGGUGCCAAGCGGCGACGAAGAGAACGCACAAGUCACUUGUGGCAGCGCGAACAACACACGGACGGAGGGCGCCAGUCAAAGUGGAGACGCCACGGCGCGGCUUGGGCGAGACGAAGAGCGAGGGAGUUCGGACAGCGAGGCUACACUUGAGAACGCGGAGAGAAGCAGCUGCAGGCGUGAGGACGCCGCUUUCGGCGAGCCGGAACGACGACCUUCUUCCACGAACUGGCUCGGCGCGCACCACGGCAGUCGAGACUCCUGGCAGGAUGCCGGAAAGAAGGUGGAAGCAGAGUCAGGGAGUUCAGCAGAGGUACAGACAUCCGAGGGCCAUUCGGAAGCGCAAGACGCACCCGCUUUCCCGAGCUCCAGAAACCAGCGUUGGGAGGCUGCCGCGCCGCGGCGCCCGCACCCCUCACCGUCGCUUGCACCGAAUGAGUUGAAUGGCGAGGCAGAAUGUUUUUCCUGUUCCGAGCGAAGCAGUUCGACAGACGUGGCUGCGCGUUUUUGUGCGGAGGCGUUCGAGUUCCGCGAUUCGGCAGAGACGCCGGAGUGCCUCCCACAACAUGAGGAAGGCGCCCCCCUGCAGCUCCCGCAAGCGGCGAAAGAGAAAAUGGGAAUGCAUGCUCGAAGAAGGAAACGCGCGGACACAGACUCGCCGCGCUACUCAACGGCGGGCACUCCACGCAAAGAGAAGCCAGGAACGGCUCGCCUGAGACUUUUCGAACAAGAGGCGUUCGCAGACGAAUCAGAAAACGCGCACUCCGCAGCCACGCUGAAGAGCAGCCGGACCUGGGUUCGCGCUGGCCCAGAAUUCGGGGCGGACCUCAGAAGCCUCCAGCGCUCAGUCCGUUCUGCCUGCGUGAAAGGCGAGGAAGAAGCAGACCAAGGCACCUGGCCAAGGGAAGAAGAAAGAGAGGUCGAGGAGCAUCGCGAGGAACAUCGAAAACAAAGAAACCCCCAGGAGACAGUGCCGAGGCAAGUCGCACUGAGCGAGGCGUCUCGACACCUCCUGUCGCCCGCCAGCAGGGUCGACGAAACGUCUGCUGAAGCGGAGGAAGCACCUCAAACUGUAGGAGACUCGAGAAGCUCUCUGGAAGGGAAACGCGAGGCGCGAGAUGCGCGACACUCGAGGAAGGACGAAGUCGCCAAUCAGUGGAGGGGCAGGACUUUCAUGCCACAGAGUUAUAGGACGGACAGGCAAUGCGCGUCGAAAGUUCUAGAUUCGCGACAAACGAAAACGAAAAACGACCGGGCAAACGAUUCCCGAGAACGCAUGCCCAUGAGCGAAGGCCACCUCGUUUUUUCCAUCGGGCAGGUGCCCGGAAGAAGCUCAGUGGGAGACACCCCGCGAAUGCUGUCUGGCGCGAGAGAGCUAGGGGGAAGGAAAGGCGCGAAGGACGUUACGGAUGCAGAGUUCACUGAAGAUAGUCAAACCGCAGCCGCGACGCGCGAAAGCUCUGCGAAUCGUCAACGCUCGGGACGAACUCAAAGCCGCGGGCGAGAAGACGAAACAGAAAAAAUCCCUGGAAACGAGGGGGAGGAUUCGGAUGAGGAAGUCUGGGCUGAUGCUCAGAGCAUGCGCGCCACCGAGAGUCCCGUGAGACUCGGCUGGACAUGCGAAGUUGGGGACGACGAAGACGACGACGGUCUAUUCUACUGA